AUCUGCCCAUGGGGCUUUAAAACCACAGCCACUGAGCAGGAGUGACCUCUGGCCACACGGAGCCCAGGACCCUAAGAUCCCAGGACAUGGAAGCCGUGGACUACAAUUACAGCGACUACGCCACCCUGGCCCCCGACACGUCCGUGGACAACUACGUGGAGCGUCUGUCCGCCGGGGACCUCUCCGCCUUGGUCAUCCUGGCAGUCGUCUUCCUGGUGGGCGUGCCGGGCAACGCCCUCGUGGUCUGGGUGACCGCCUUCGAGGCCCGGCGCAACAUCAACGCCAUCUGGUUCCUCAACCUGGCGCUGGCCGACCUCCUGUCCUGCCUGGCGCUGCCCGUGCUGUUCAUGUCCAUCCUGCGCUUCAGCCACUGGCCCUUCGGCGACGCCGCCUGCAGGGUGCUGCCCUCGCUCAUCCUGCUCAACAUGUACAGCAGCAUCCUGCUGCUGGCCACCAUCAGCGCCGACCGCCUGGCGCUGGUGCUCAGCCCGAUCUGGUGCCAGCGCUUCCGGGCCGGCGGCCUGGCCUGGGCGGCCUGUGGGGCGGCCUGGGUGCUGGCGCUGCUGCUGACCAUCCCGUCCUUCAUGUUCCGCAGGACGUACAAAGAGGACUUCUCCUUCAAGACGCUGUGCGUCAUCGACUACGGCCUCGGCAGCGAGCGCAAGGAGAAGGCUGUGGCCCUGGUGCGGCUGCUCGUGGGCUUCCUGUGGCCGCUGCUCACGCUCGCUGUCUGCUACACCUUCCUCCUGCUUCGGACCUGGAGCCGCAGGGCCACGCGCUCGGCCAAGACCAUCAAGGUGGUGGUGGCCGUGGUGAGCAGCUUCUUCGUCUUCUGGCUGCCCUACCAGGUGACGGGGGUCCUGCUGGCCUGGUACCCCCCGAUCUCGUCCACCUACAAGAGCACCAAAGCCCUGGACGCCCUGUGUGUCUCCAUCGCCUACAUCAAUUGCUGUAUCAACCCCAUCAUCUACGUGGCGGCCGGCCGCGGCUUCCAGGGCCGGCUGCUCAAGUCCCUUCCCAGCCUCCUGCGCAACGUGCUGACCGAGGACACCAUAAACAGGGAGACCAAGUCCUUCACCCGCUCCACGGUGGACACCGUGCCCCAGAAGAGCGAAUCGGUGUGAGGGGAGGCCUCCCUGGCCGCUGUGCGCUCAACCAUCCCCACUUCCUUUGGGUGUCUCUCUCUCUGUCUGGAAACAGGGUCCUGCUAUGUAGCCUCCUGCCUCAGCCUCCUGAGUGCUGGGAUUAUA